AUGACACAUUCAGGAAGCUAUUUCAAAGGCAAACAUUUAUUUUAUGAUCGACCGAUAAGUGAUUAUAGUCUCGAUCAAUUUCUUGAGCGAUUAUCAUUACGUAAUGAUGGUUUUGCUAUGGAAUUUACGCCUAUGGAUGGUUACUUAAGCACAAUUCCAGUGGAUAAAACAGCAUUUCCACACAGACAUUAUAAAUUUGGUAUCCAGUUCAUGGCUUUCAGUUCUCAACAACUCAACGUACAAGAAUUGAAUUGGUUGAAUCAGAGUUAUUGUACUCCACUUGAUGAUUAUGUUCAUAAACCUGAUCCAGCUUUUACUUGGAAACGUAUUCAAGUUUUUCCAUAUUCAACACAUACGAUUCAUAUACUCAACAUGACUUCACAGCAAUGGUUUAAUGGUAUUCUUAAUAAAAAUUCGACUUCAUUCUCAUCACGAUCAAUUUGGUGGCAUUAUAUGAUUAUUACAGUACCGAAAAUACUCAAACGUUCUCAAACGGCAUUUUUACUUAUCAGUGGUGGAAGUAAUAAUAAUCCAAUCCCGACCGAAAGUUGGACAACAGAAGUUGCUUUAAAUACGGGUAGUGUUGCUAUAGAACUUCGACAAAUCCCUAAUCAACCAAUACAAUUUAUGGCAGAUCCAUUAAAUAAAUCCCGAACUGAAGAUGAAAUCAUUGCAUGGACUUGGAAAACAUUUAUUGAAACAAAUGGUAGUGACCCUUAUAUACUUCUUCGUAUGCCGAUGACAAAAGCAGUCGUACGUGGAAUGGAUGCAACACAAGCAUUUCUUCGUCAACAAGAAAUUCCAGUACCUGAACAUUUUAUUAUUUCUGGUUUAUCAAAACGUGGAUGGACAACAUGGACAACAGCUGCUGUAGACAAUACUCGUGUUAUAGGUGCUAUACCAAUUGUUAUGGAUAUGUUAAAUAUUCGACAGAAUAUGAAAUCUCAUUAUCGAUCUCUUGCCGGAUGGACAUAUGAUUUUGAUGAUUAUUAUAUUGAAAAUAUUACUAUGUAUUUAGAUAAUCCUUACUUUCAAGCGAUGGCGGAUAUUGUCGAUCCCUAUUCUUAUUUUGAUCGUUAUCGUAAUACCCGAAUAUAUCAAAUUCAAGCAGCUGAUGAUGAAUUCUUUUUACCUGAUAGCGAGGAUUUUUUUUGGAAUGAUCUACAAAAAGCAACGGGUGGUUCUUUUCUCAGACGAAUUCCAAAUGUUGGACAUUCUAUUACAGGAUACAAUGAAAGUCUUAUAAGUUUUUAUUUAAGUGUGUAUGAUCAACAAAAACUACCAUCGGUAACAUGGAAUCGAACAAUAUAUGAUUCGUAUGCAGAAAUUAUUGCUGCGGUUGAUAUUGGUGAAGGACAUCCUCAUCCGAUCAGUGCUGUAGGCUUUAAAGCUCAAACAACUACCGGAACAAAACGAGAUUUUCGGCAGAAAGUAUUAGAUCCAACUACUGGUAAAGUUGUUCCUAAUCCUGUUACUUGGGUGCAAGAAAAUGAAAACAUUGAGAUUUCACAAGUUGAUGAAACAGUUUACUUUACGUUUAAAUCAUAUUUUCCACCAGAGGGACAUUGGGAAGGUAUGUUUAUACAAUUUACAUUUCCUGGAUCUGAUAAUACAACAUUGAUUUUAACCACUGAAACUCUUAUUUUACCAAACAAAUAUCCAGCAGAUCCUUGUUUCGGACAACAAUGUUACGGUACACUCGUCUAG